AUGUUCGUGGUGCUUGUGGUGCUUCUUCUCAUGGUGCUUGUGAGCAUGACUCUUGUGGUGAUGUUCAUGAUGAUGGUGUUCAGCAUGGAUGGUUGUUGCUCAGGCUCGCUCUCGGAUGAGCUGGAAGAGCUAGAGGUGUCCUUCUCGGCGGCCUUCACGUGGUGUUCGUGGUGCUUGUGGUGCUUCUUCUCAUGGUGCUUGUGA